CGCAGGUGUGGAGGUGAUGCUCUGAUCUCCACCUACCUUCAUUUCUAACUUGAUUAUUCUUCAAUGGCGAGCAACUUCGAUCGAAGGCGGAAUAACGGCCCAGAAGAGAGCUUCAGUCCUGUUUACGACUCUGAUGCGACUGGUUGGACCUCAGGCAAUACUCGAAAAAGCAGAGGACCGUCUGAUAUCCGGCCAAUAUUUCUUCAACCCGGCCUCAUCAGUCAAGCGAAUGGAUCUGCCUAUAUCGAAACGCAGAACACCAAAAUCGCCUGUGCUAUUUAUGGGCCACGCCAGUCUAAAAACACGGCAUACAGCGAAAUGGGGAGGCUGAAUGUCGAAGUGAAAUUCGCACCAUUCUCGUGCACGAAAAGACGCGCUCCUUUGCGGGACGCUGAAGACCGGACUGUUGGUAUGGCUAUCCAUCAAGCCCUUGCUGCCUCUGUGAGAUUAGACCUGCUGCCAAAGUCGACGAUCGAUGUGUUCGUGCAUGUGAUCGAGUGCGAUGGUUUAGCGGCAUGCGCGGCCUCUGGGGCGGUAGCUGCCAGUACAGCUUUGGCAGAUGCUGGGGUCGAGAUGUUGGGUGUCGUGACGUCUUGUGCUGCGUCUAUGAUUGGUUCCGAGAUAUGGCUGGAUCCUACAGAAGCUGAAGCAAGCGCGUCGAGCGGCAUUGUGGUUUUGUUCUGUAUGCCCGCUCUGGGCAAAAUCACCAACAUCUGGCAGACGGGCCGGCUGAAAGUUGAAGAUGCUCUGGCAGUAAGCAAUCUUUGCCAGGGCAGCUCUCAUGUACUGAUUCUACAGUGCAUGGAGGCAUGCCAGGAAAAAUGCACCGAGAUACAUUCUGUGGUUGCGCAAGCACUGGUGGAAAAUGUGAGACCAUAGAAGUAUAUCAUGUUUUGUUUGAAACCGGCAGAGGGUUACUUCAAUUAUCUAGGCAACACACCGGUUGGAUGUGUUCAGUUAUUCAACUGUCCCAAAGCAUUUAUCAUUACAGUAUUGUGAUCUUCCAAGCUGACACUUCUUCACUUAUCAACGACCGCCAAUUGCGUGUUUUCACUAACCCCACGGGCCGCGGUCAAGCGGACGAUCUCGCUGCUUACUGAACAUUAUUUAGUUUCUGUCCCCGGUUGUUGUAAGUACGUGUCGUCAUGUCGUUUUGUUUGUUCAGAGUAAACAACGGUCCAGACGUCCUCGUCUACGGCCCUGAAACCGUUAAACGUUAUACGCGCAGCCAUGAGUGCAGCGGAAUCGGCGGCUUCUCUCUUUGGGGACGAUUCGUCGGCCGACCCUUUUGCUUCCAUUGGCGAGGGCUCCUCCGACACGUCCACCUUUCCGGAUUUUCUCAGUCAAGAUUCAUCCGUGGACAGCGUCGGGCAAUCCUCGUUCUUCGACGAAGAGGCAGUAGCUGCAGCUUUGCAUACGAAGCCUGUAACCGACUAUGGACCCCCAGCAACGUCUAAUCCUGGUUUGACCAAUGGCAAAGCGAACUACGGGUCUCAAUAUGCUUCCUCAGCGUAUGCUCCUGCAACGUUCUCAGGUGCUUCCGCCAUUGGUUCUUCCCGUUUGACUGCUCAGUAAUAUCCAGGUGUCCAGAAUGUGCCGCCGGCCGCUGCAUUCGAUGGUCAUGCACCCGUAAAAUCAUCAUACGAGCCGACAACAGCAAUCGACACCGCGACACAGGCGUAUAAUCCGUACGCUCCAGCCGCAGCCAGUUCACCCUCGUCCUCCACCGGAACCCAGGCAUACACCCCGUACAGCCCUGCCCGCAGUGCUUACUCCCUGCCUCCUGUUCCUCCCGUUCACGCUCAGCCGGCGACCAAUGCAUAUGCUCCUGCAGCUUCGGCUUCCGCUCACCACACGCCAAGCAGUUAUGCUAUACCGCCUCUGCCGUCUGCCCCGUCACAACCCACAUAUAAUGCAUACACGCCUACUGCACCAACCUCGGCCUACAAUGCACCAUUUGCAUCGACUCCUGCACCGAAGCCGCCGGUUGUGUCGUCUCCUUCGUUGAACCGACCCAAAGUUUCCAACGCAUAUGAUCCGCCAUUUCCGACAUCUCGACCGGCGCGGCGCGGCACCUCCGGAUCCUCGGUUGCACCGACAUACUCUGCGUACUCAUCUCCGCCGCUUCCGAGCCAAUACUCCACUCCACCUCCCCAAGGCCAGUUCAGCGCCCAAGGUCAUGUUCUUCCUUCCGCUCCGCCUGUUGGGUCCGUUCCCUCUGCAAGUGGAUGGUCAGGUCACCUACCGCCCACCAGUGCACCCACGCCACCUCCACCGAGGCCCCAGAGCUCUAAUUACGGUCCGCCGCCGGGCCGAAAGACACCUGCGUUCGUUCCGGUGGAUAAUGCACUUCGUUCGGCGUCACCAGCACUUAGCUCAGGCUUGCCACCGCUUCCACCGCUGCCGAGGCCAAACUCAGUUUCCUCGCACGCUAGCGUCGACCCGCAUUCAUAUGCGCCGAACAGGACGUCGUCGCCAGCCUCGUUUUCCGUCCGCUCAGCGACUGCUUCGCCCGACGCUUUCGUAAAUGGCCAGGUCUUGCCCGAGGGAUUACAACGGAUAUCAUCGCCAGUCCGGAUGGCAUCGCCGGCGCGCAUGGGUUCACCGGCUUUUUCUGUAGACAGAGCACGCAGCCCCUCGCUAUCGGCU